AUGGCAGGUGAUAUCACAUAUGUGGACGUGGCAAUGCUACCCAGGGAAAGACCGCACGUUCCUUCUCGGACAUCAGUUCCAGGAAACACCAUCACAUAUGCCGAGCUGCGUGUGAAGCCGAAACCCAAAGGGAGCAGCAGAUCAGAGACUUCCGCUUCUGGCUGCCGACACGGGUGCUCAGCCUGGUUCUACUUGGCACUGGUCCUGGGGGUCCUUGUGCUCAUCCUCCUGGGUGUCAUAGCUGUGCUAGCCAAGCAAUUUUUGAAGGGCAGAGCAGGAAAAUUGGAAGUUUUGUCCCAGUAUGGUCUAAAUAGCACUGGCAAUUACAUUUCUUCAGAGAAAACUGUCUCAGUGGUGUUCCUGAAAUGGCUCAUGGAGGAACUGUGUGAAGAUGGACAGGGAAGAAUGUGUGAACUGUGUCCUCCAGGGUGGCAACUUCACAGGGGGAGAUGUUACUACUUCUCCGAAGAGGCUGUAAGCUGGGAUGACAGCCAGAAGAACUGUGUGGCCAGGAAAUCACAGCUUCUUGUCAUUGAAGAUGAAAUUGAGAUGGAAUUCAUAGACAAUAAAGAGAAAGAUACCAAAUAUAUCUGGAUUGGGUUGAAGAUUCAAGACAUGAAAAAAAAAUGGAGUUCCAUUGAAGAUCGUGGAGUAAAAGAAGACAGGAUGGAUACAAAUAGAAUAGAGACUGACAAGAACUGUGCUGUUUACAGAAGGAAAAACAUGAUCCAAGCAGAUAACUGCCAGACUCUAAAGAAGUGGAUCUGUAAGAAGAAUGCAACUUUGUUGAUGCUCUGA